UGGUUGGGUGCAAUUUUCUUUCAGUUCUGGGAGAUAAUCUCCGAUGAGCACGGCAUCGACCCGAAUGGCAUGUACGUUGGUGAAAAUGAUUUGCAAUUGGAACGCAUCGAUGUGUACUACAAUGAGGCCAGCAGUGGUAAGUAUGUACCACGCGCUGUACUCAUCGAUUUGGAGCCAGGCACAAUGGAUGCUAUACGCCAAUCGCCAAUGGGUAUGCUAUUCAAGCCAGACAGUUUCGUAUUUGGACAAUCCGGAGCGGGUGAGUGAGAUCUAAUAUACAUACAUACA